UCCAGAAUAGAACUACAACUCCCAGAGUUCAGCGCGAUGCACAGCGUGAUCUAAGCGUGUAGAGAGGCCAUGGCGUAGUAUGUGACAGGCUAGCAACAGAAAAUCAUCUCCGGACAGACGCGUCUGCCCAUUGUUAUCUGCUGUCAGCGACGGCAGGGCGAGGAUAAGGAUGGGGUCCCGCAUAAGGGAGAGUCCAGUUUCCACUUUUGAGGUGUAUCUGGAAGUAGCCCAUCCAACCACACACAGCUCUGGUAAGUCUGUGAAGGCUGUGGGUACAGGGCCAGAGGUGCAAAGGCAAUUCCCUGAAGAUUACACAGACCAGGACACUCUUCAGACUGUGCCCAAGUUCUGCUUCCCUUUCAGCAUGGACAGCCUGACUGUCAACCAGGUUGGCCAGAACUUCACUUUUGUGUUGACUGACAUUGAAAGCAAACAGAGGUUUGGCUUCUGUCGUCUGUCCUCAGGUGCACACACCUGCUACUGCAUUCUCAGCUACCUGCCCUGGUUUGAAGUCUUCUACAAACUACUUAAUAUCCUUGCAGAUUACACUAUCAAAGGCCAGGAAAGCCAAUGGCAAGAGCUCCUGGUAUCGCUACAUGCACUUCCCAUCCCUGAGCCUGGGGUACCUGUUCAUCUUGGUGUGCAUUCCUUCUUUACUGUGCCUGACACAAGGGAACUCCCCAGCAUACCUGAGAAUAGAAACCUAACAGAGUACUUUGUAGCAGUAGAUGUCAAUAACAUGCUUCAUCUGUACGCUAGUAUGCUUUAUGAACGUCGAAUCCUCAUCUGCUGUAGCAAACUAAGCACUUUAACAGCUUGUGUCCAUGGGUCUGCAGCCAUGCUAUAUCCAAUGCACUGGCAACAUGUUUAUAUUCCUGUCCUGCCUCAACAUCUGUUAGACUACUGCUGUGCCCCAAUGCCUUACCUCAUUGGAGUACAUUCCAGCCUGAUGGAGAAAGUUCGAGGCAUGGCUCUGGAUGAUGUGGUGGUCCUGAAUGUGGACACAAAUACUCUGGAAACCCCCUAUGAUGAUCUUCAAAGUCUGCCCAAUGAUGUGGUUUCAUCUUUAAAAAGUCGUUUGAAGAAGGUUUCAACAACAACAGGGGAUGGUGUGGCUCGAGCCUUCCUCAAGAGUCAGGCGGCUCUGUUCGGCAGCUACAGAAAUGCUCUGCAGAUUGAAUCGGGUGAGCCGAUAACAUUCAAUGAGGAAACCUUUGUGAAUCAUCGUUCCAGUGCCAUGAGACAGUUCCUCCAGAAUGCCAUUCAGCUGCAGCUCUUCAAACAGUUCAUUGACGGCCGUCUGGACCUGUUGAACUCAGGAGAAGGAUUCAGUGAUAUCUUUGAGGAGGAGAUCAACAUGGGCGAGUAUGCAGGCAGUGACAAGACCUACCACCAGUGGCUGUUUACAGUGAAGAGAGGGGGUGGGGCUAUCUUCAACACAGUGAAGACCAAGGCAAACCCAGCCAUGAAGACCGUUUACAAGUUUGCCAAGGACCAUGCAAAAAUGCGUAUUAAGGAAGUCAAGAGCCGGCUAAAGCAGAAGGAGCAAGCAGAAAACGGCUUCUCUACAGGAGGGUCGGCGGUCAUUGAUGAUGACAACACAGCUGGGGUUACCUCCUCCACCAGUGCAAUCAGGAGGGAGGGGCCACUUCGAACCUGGGAUGACCACAGGCCAAUCACCGUGCACUUUGGACAGGCUCGGCCACCUAUGUUGUUGAAGAGACCAAGCAGCAAUGUGAGUCUGGAAAGCAGCGUUGACCACUCUAUCCGUCCUACUCGCCACUACACAGUCUUUCUCUCUGAGGAUUCAUCCGGAGACGAGCUCCAGUACGACGAUGACUCCAUCUCUGGGUUUCCUGACAGCUUUCUCUUCUCCGUCCCUUUUGAGUGGUCGCCUCUGCCACAGCCGUACCGCUCCCUGAAAGAGGUUGAGUUGAUAGAAGGGGAUGAUCCUAGUUUUGGAGCAGAGAGUCACACUGCCCCUCCCAGCCCGGUCAAUGAGAAGUUCUCCAAUGUCAAUCUGCUUGGCGAUAUCUUCGGCUGCCAGGACGAGCCUGACAGCCAACCAGUCACCUUGGCUAAAAGUCUCGAGGACCUGAGGACUCCCAAAGAUCCUGUUGAGUUACAAGCAAAGUUUACCUACCAGCGGAUGGACCUGAGUAUUGAUGAACACUCACGAACGCUUCCAGGCCUCAAGCUCUCCACCCCUUACAACAAGCUGUGGAGUAUAGGGCGAGAAGAAACAGCCUUGCCUGUUUGUGCGCCUCCUACCUGUGACAGACCUGCAUCUGUCCAACUUCCUGUGCAGACAGAGGCCCACUCUCCAAGCCGUGAAAGCUCUGGCAUGGGCCCUGACCCUUUGGAGCCUUCUACUCCCGGCAACAUCACCAUUCCACGUCCCCAUGGCAGAAAGACACCUGAACUUGGUACUGUCCUACAACCCCCUGUGGUUCAGUCCCGCACGAAAGCAGCAGGGACUGUCGAAGGGAGGACUAUAUCAGGGGGACAAGAGUUUAGGCAAGCCUUGAGCAUGACCACAGAUGGAGACCUUCUGAAGCCCACCAAGGUAGCCAAGGACAGUAUAGAUCUCAUAAGCCUUCUAGACCCCCUUAAAAGCUCAGCACAGACCAGUACCACAUCACUAAAUGACGGGGUAGAUAUUGGUAUGUCGUCCUCUUCCUCCAAACCAACGCUACCACCUAGGUCUUAUCCACAGGGCUUGCCUCCUUUCCCAGUGCAUCCUCACAUAUCACUAAAUCCUUUUGCCCAGUCUCUUCAGCACACCUCCCCUCAAAUGCAUUACUCACCAACUGUAAGCGGGAAUCCCUUCAGUGCAGUCUGUGGGCCUCCACCAGGCUCUUACUCACAUACUCCACCCCAGCCACAGUCCUUUUCCACACUACCAGGGCUUUACAGACAUCAUUCACCAAGCAGUUCAGCUCUGCCACCCAGCUAUGGACUGCUUCAGUCAGCCCUCCCCUCCUCAGUCACCUCCCUGCCUCACUCUUCUAUCAGCAAUCAUGCCCUUUCCAGCCUGGCAGACAUUUCUGUCCCCAGUACAACCAUGAACAUGCUGGCAAAGCCACUUCAUGCUGAGGGAGACAGCCAGAAGGCUCUGGAUCCUUUUGGCGACCUGCUGACUAUGGCCAAGCCAGCCACACCCCAAAAAAAGAAGGUGGAGGACCUUCGUCGGAGGUGGGAAACAUUCGACUAAAACCUGUGAAUAUGUAUUGAGGCAAACUUUCUUGUUGAAUUCUUUUCUGUUGAAUCAGGACCUUCCAUUGCAGUUACUGACACAUUAGCUCUAAUACACUCUGCUCCACUUAUGCAACUUACAAUCAUAGAGGACUAAUAGAUUAAACUGACAUUAAAACAUGCUGAAGAAUGCAGUGCUGUAAGAAUUUCUGCUUUUCCAAAAUGAUGAAUGAAUUUGUUUUGUAUGCAUUAUGAAACCAUGCCUAGAAGUAAAGAGUAGAUGACAACAUCUGUGGGUUCUGCCAUGUUGUAACUUCAGGUUAUGUCAAUGUAUGAAUGUAUAUUGUAUGUAUGAAUUGUAACAUUGUGGAUACCAGAGUAAGUAAAUACAACAUGUGGUAACUAGCUGAAAUUAGUUAGGAAACACUUGCUUACUUAAAUUAUUUCCCAUUCAAGCUAACAUUGAAGGAACUUUCAUUUCACAAGGAUCUGAUUUCCUUGAAUCAUACACGUCCUCAGCAGGAGGCACAAGUAAACCUCUCAUGUUAAUUGUUUAAGAUUGCUAAUCACUCAAGCUACAACCUGCUCUUCACUAUUUCAUGAAACUUGAGUGGUUUGAUAGCAGGAACGUGUAGCAUAUGGCACAGGUUGUAACAGUGUUCACACUCAGCAGGCAGUUGUUGUCAGAGGUGCACUCUGCUGUCACCCAUCUGAAAUAUCUUACUGUUACGUCACCAGGUGGCAGAUGCGGUGGUGACCAUUAUCUGUUUUAUAAUCCUUGAGAUUUUUAUUAUGUCAUAACCUCACUGUUGAUUAAAGCCAUGGUCAGCAGUUUUUGUGUUUGUGUACUAACAGAAGAGGGAUUCACAGGAAACUAUGCAUGUACUGGACAUAAUGCAAAACACAAUAAUGGAUCAUUAGUCCAGUUUUACUGUGGCAAAUGAUAUUGUUGUCUGUCUUCUUUGUUAAAUGAAUCCUCACAGCACACAGUCUGUUUGCCUACAUUGUAAAUGGAUGCAACAGCUGCUCUUCUGUUGAAUUUCCUAAAGAGUGGUUUCCCAACGUGUACUGUUACCUCCAGUGGUUGAUACAGGCAUCAUCUCAUACUGAGCCCCAGGCCCUGUAUUAUUAAAACGUACCUUUCAUCAUCCCUAGUAAACACAGGUGUCACUAAAUCAACCAGAUCUGAAGAAUUUUAUCUUUUUUUUGACCAAAACACAGUUUGUGAGUGGAACACUCAUGUAAUUUUAACAUCCCUUUUGUGAUUUAUGGUUUUUGUUCUAGACUGUAAUGAUGUGAUUUUCUUCUACUCUUGUAUGUUGUGCAUAUAGUGUUUAAACGUGCAAAUGAAUUAGAGAUGAUGUAUCAUUAACUGCAACAGAGGGUCCUUGUCCUGUAGGUAGGAAUGGUCAUGUGGUGGAAGGCCACAUGCACAUGCAGACACACUUCCUCCCCCUCACUACCAACAGCCCUGCUGAUGUCAAAUGACAAAAAUGGAAUGAAUAAAUGGAGAGUGUGGACUGUCUCAGCCGCGACAACACCUGGACUCAGUUCUUCCUGUCUAAGGAUUGUAGAAUUUGGAUAUUGUGUGUUAAAUUUUCCUGCCACUCUCCCAAGGAAAUCGCACACAAAGCCGGCCUUGCUUCAAGAUGUUCAGAUGCCAACAGCCUGUCACCACGCUAACUAAUUGUUAACAAAAUUCUUUGCACAGCACCUUCUCACAUCAUCUGUCUUUAAUGCCACCACAUAUGUGAAGUGCUCAGUAUAAAUCAGUGUAGAUUUGUGACUUAAAAAAUAGUACGCAGCAUUCCCUGAGAGAGGAUAUAUGUCACACUCACACAUAUGUCUUAGAGAUGUCAACUUCUAUGAUUAGCUUGUCUUAUUACUAGUACCUAGUCUGCUAUAGUCAAUUAACAUCCUAAUGGCAUUAUGGUACCAAUACAAAAUGUGUCCAUGCAUUUAAUUCACCUAUUGAUGUUUGUGGUCGCCUCAUGCACAGUGCUCUUUUUUGAUUUAUUUUAUAUUGUUUUUUUGACCUUCAUUAUUGACUUCUCUCACUGACCUGGGACAUGUCUCAUGCCUGCCAUUUUAAAAAGUAACAUUUAAAAAAAACCUACUAGCCUACUGUAAUGUCCCUAUAAUGAUUUUAAACAUUUCUGUCUAAUUAAAUACAUGGGGACUUUGAAAUACUUUAUUGUAUAUUCUGUUAUUUUAAAGGAUACUUUUGCCUAUUCUGCUGCUGAUUAUGCACUCUGUAUUUCCUUCUGUUGCUUUUGCCUUUGUCCAGCAUUACUCUGUGUUUGAUGACCGUGAUGGCCAAUGAGUUACAGGCUGCUUACACACUGUAAUGUCCAUUGUGCGUAGAGCAGAAAUAAUGGUUCUCGCAAUUUUGCCACCAGUUUCUAUUUCAACUCUUUGGACUUCAGCAACAGAAAAUGUGUAGCUGUUACACCCUGUCAGCCUUUAAUGCUUUCAGGUUAUCCUGGGGUGUCCAUGUGUGGUGAAUGCCAAAAAGUCCUAAUAGCUACAAAGUGCUGUACAGGUCUAAUUGCUGUUGUGUGUGUGUACAGAUGACACUAUAUUUAUUCUAAGACUGAUUAAAGAGUGAUAACUACCUACUACUGCACUUGCUUAGAUUACAAAUAUUUCAUCAUAACAUGUCAGCUUCACCUGAUUAAAAUCCCACAGCUGACUCUACACAGGACAUAUUCAUCACCCUGCUCCAUUUUUUCCUGUGAUGACAAUGCUGUCAUCAUCUGUCUGUUGGUCCAGAGACAGAUUUCUUGUUCAGUGCUCAUAUUCCUGCAACAUUUAAUAUAUUGUUCAUGGUUGCAGCAGGAGGAUUCCUGAUAUUUUAACUUGUAAACCUGUUUUUUCCUCCACACAACACUGGUCCAUGACACUAUACAUCAGGAACAUGGUCCUCUUGGGACUAUUAGUUUGUUGUUUUCGGGGGGUGAAUCUCAUGUUUUUGGUGACUGUCAGACUUUUUAGCACUAUCAUUCCACCAGAAUGUCCACUUAAAUAAAAGAAGUAUUAAAAUCAAUAUCAAGAUAUUAAAAUCUGCAACACUGUG